UUAGUCGUCUCGUCUGAUUCAAAGGUGCUAGGUUGGGUGGAAGCGCCCGAGAUAUUUGAUUAUUAACCUUCAAGGUUUCCCCAUGAAAAGACGAAAUCCUUCGUGUUUGAUAGUGACGACCAUGGGGACACUUUUUCUGCUUAUGGUGGUAUUAUAUGGUACAAUAAAUUCACAGCAAUCGGAAACAUCUGGCCUAAAACAAGAUUACAGACUUCUAGGACGACCACUGUACAAAUUGGAUAUCAACUGGCCCAAAUAUCCCGAGCUUUUCAGCGGCGAGGUAUUUGGAGUGGCUGUCAACCAGUAUGCCGGUGUGGUAUAUGUUGCACAGAGAGGUGAGACAGUGCCAAAGGUGCUGGUGUUCACCACAGACGGAGAGUUCCUACAGGCCUGGAACACAAGCACCCUGGAGAUGCCCCAUGGGAUCUUUUUGGCCGACGCCUCCACCAACCCCACCGUGUGGGUCACGGACGUAGGAAACGGCCCGUAUGGUCACUCCAUUAAGCAGUACUCUCCCUCGGGCAAGCUGCUCCAGGUGCUGGGCUCAAUGGGGGAAGCCGGCUCUGGGGUCAACCCUCUCCAGUUUGACCAGCCCGCUGAGGUCUUUGUCCACAGCUCUGGGGAGAUCUACAUAGUGGACGGGGACGGAGGGAUGAACAACCGCCUCAUCAAACUGUCCAAAGACCUGGAGGUGCAAUGGAUGCACGGAGAGAAGGGCCAGGGCCUUGCACAGUUCUACAUCCCCCAUAGUGUGGCUGUAGAUAACUAUCAAAGGGUGUGGGUUGCUGACAGAGGAAACAAGCGAAUCCAGGUGUUUAAUUCUGUGACUGGAGACUGGCUUGGAACAUGGGGAAGCUGUUUCAAUGAGGACGCACCCUACUCUGUCAGGUUGACACCAGACCAGAAGUACUUUGUGGUUGUGCAGCUGAACACCAAUCAAAUCUCCCUGCUGGAGGCUCCACCUGUGGGUGUGAUUGGUCAGUGCCAGGUGGUCAGUGUCAUCCAAUUGGCUGAAGACGUCAAGCCCCACCUAGUGGACCUGGACCUGAAGACGGGGGCUCUGUAUGUGGCUGAGAUUGGUGCCCAGCAGGCUCAGAAGUUUACCCCAUUCAGCCUGGGUACUGGCUUCCUGUAGGAUGGUUGAUGCACUCUAUUAUAGGCCGUGUUCCAGGCGGACUACAUUGCAGACACAUGCCAGAUCUCAGAACGCCUGGAUUGGUGUUUAACAUAUCAGUUAACCAAAUUAUUAAUAUUAAUUAAUUAAUAUGCCAUUUAGCAGACGCUUUUAUCCAAAGCGACUUACAGUCAUGCGAGCAU